AGACGAGUUCUGGGAUUGGCCAUCAACAGGGCUAGGAGGAGCAUUUCCCAGAAAUGAAGCUGCUGAUCCUGUUUAGUUGCAUUUCUGCUGAACUCAGCAGCUCUGUUCUCUGCCUCAAACUUUUAGUUUUCUUAUUUUCAUGAUUUUUCUGCAGGGGCACCCAUGUCUGCGACGCCAGGCGACGUGACGCAGGUUUCCAUCUUCUGUUGCGUCUCUGGUGACCUGCAGGAUGUGAAGUUCCAGCACAGAUCCUCUCGUCUCCCAGUGACAUGGUGUCUUCAGUUAAAGGAAACUUCCAGUUUAUCUUUGGAAAUGAUUUUAAGAAGAAACGGCUGGAUUAAAGCUGCUGUGCUGGUGGUCUUAAGCAUCCUCAGAAUCCAUUCCUUCCCUUGUCAUCUAACAGAGUAUAAAACAGGCAAUGGAUGCUGUCCCAUGUGUCCUCCAGGAAGCCGAGUGAAGAGCGACUGCACCGAGGACAGGAGCACUUCCUGUUUACCGUGUGUAGCGGGAACGUUCAUGGACAAACCCACCGGACAGAAAAUGUGUUUUCCUUGUUCUGUUUGUGAUUCAGGAUCUGGAUUAAAGACCAAACAUUCGUGUUCGUUAGCAUCAGACACCGUCUGUGAGCCUCUGGAAGGAUUCUUCUGCAUCGACUCCACACCAGGAAGAUGUUCAGCAGCUCAGAGACACCGCAGAUGUGAACCUGGAGAUUUUAUCAGUAAAGCAGGAACGUCAUCAUCAGACGCUGAGUGUUCUCCCUGCAGCAGAGGAACGUUCUCUAACGGAUCAUCAGCAUCCUGUCAGCCACACACUCAAUGUGAAACCAAAAACCUUCAGCUGAUAAAAGAAGGAACGAGCUCCUCUGAUGCAGAGUGCGGAGAGAGAGCUGCUGUUGCUCCUGUAGCCGCUGGAGUUGGAGUGGUCCUGCUGCUGCUGCUGCUUGGACUGGGUGCUGCUGGACUUUACUUCAGAAACCAGAUCAAAUGUCAGCAUCGCAGCACGGGCAAACAGAGCUGCGCAGAAACUCACAACAGGAAGGAACCAGAACUACCUCUACCGGAGUGCGCACUAAUGGUCCAGAGGUCACCUGGAGCAGACUGACACCAUGUUUAUCAGAUGCAGGGACAGAUGUUGUUCCCUGCAGCUGGGAAUGUUUCUCUACGGAUACCAAACUUCUUCUGGAACCUGAGACCUCCUGAGGUUCAUGUGGGACACGCUACAUAAGGAUGUGAUCUGUCCGAUCCUGAUCCGAUCCUGGCGCCCUUGAGCCUGUGAGGCUGAAGUGAUCACUCCCCCUCAGAAGAAAUGUGGAAUGCUGCCGUCGCCAUGGCAACUCUGCCCCCCUAUCCCAGCCUGGGCGGGACUGCGACUGUUGAAGGCCAAUGAAUCGUUCCAGGAGUCACUGUGCUCUCUAAACCCAACGACCUCCCUCCCCUGUCCAGACUGAGGUGACGAGUGCUGCUUAUCAUGGCUGCAGGAACUGACGUGUGGAGAGUCCCAAACCCACCACCCCACCUAGUGGACACUUGUGUUGUGUAAUGUCUGAAGUCUGUUGCAUUUCUGUCUGAGGUGUUUUUUGCAUAGCAAAGCUGGCCUCCCUGUGGAGGGUAACUCUGAAGUGCCUUUUUUUCCUCCACCUGAACCAAUCCUCAUGUAAACCCUCUGAUAUCUAUUAAGGUAGCGCGACUCGGGUUGUGAAUGUCCACAGGGUCUCAUUGUUUUUCACCCCAAUAGCAGGGCUGUGGGUCGUUAUGUUGAUCUUGGCCCUCUUUUUCCCUACUCAAAACCAGCAGAAAGGGUCAAACUCUGGUAACCGGUGAUGGUUGUACCCCAUGUGCAGCAGUACCGGGACCAGAGUGAAUAGGGUGUGUAUGGGGAGCAUGAGUGGGUGUCUAGUGUUCAUUUUUGUAAGUCUUUGGUUGUAUGUGUAUGUGUGUAUGUGUAAGCAUGAGGGAGGAAGUGUGUGACUGUGUUUGUGUAUGACUGUAUAUGUCAGGUGGGGCCUUUGACUCCUCCCCUCUCCUGGAACUUCUUUUGAUGAUAUAGAUCUUCGUCUCCCCUCCCCCUGCCACACCUGGUGUGAGGUGUGGUGCCUUGGUCUGCCUGAGUGUUUGUGGCAACCGGGUCAGGGGGUUUAAGAUUUUUGGCGUCUGCCUGACCAAUCCCGGUGGCGGCCUGGUGGGGUCUGGGUCCCUGGGCUCUGCUGGGUCCCCGGCGGGGGUGGUCGCCCCUGGGUCCCGGGUCGCUGGGUCCCGGGCUCGGCCGGCUUGGGGGUGGGAGGCUGCGGGCGGGCCUGUGGGCUUGCCGCUGAUGUCUCCCGGGACUUUGCCGGCUGCUGGUUGUGGCCCCUGGGGCGAUCCUCUGUGCCUCUCGAGGGGGGCGGGGGCCUUUCUGGUUGCAGUCUCCUUGGGGUUCCUGUGUUCUGGGGCAGCGCCUGGAUCUCUGGGACUUGGAGCUCCCCCCGUCUCCUACACAUCUUUAGGGGGCAGAUCUGUGGUCCCUCACACUCUCUGUUGGACGCUCCUAUAGAGAAACCUUACAUAAACAAGCGCGUGUACACACACAGGUGCUCUCAAAAGUAUGGGCUUGGGCACGUUCAACACUUGUCUUAAGGCUGUCGUUGCCACUAAAUGCACUGUGGUUUAUUAUCGUGUGAUUGUUCAGUUAAACAAUGUUGAUUUUAUAUUUCAUCAUCAGGCUGACGCAGUGAUAGCUUGCUCCUGAUGUAUUGUUGUGUGUCCCAUUUUUCCUGCUCUUUCUCUUUC